UAAAGGACAGAGUGCUACUGUCACCAACUACACAAAGCCUGAAGUAGUCACGAGUCUCUCUGCUGUUAACGUCACAACAUCGUCUAUGUUUGUGAGCUGGACUAAACCAGUGGGAAACAGCUCCUUCUAUAAAGUACAGUGGACAGGUGGAGGAACAAGUGCCUCUGAAAAUGUCUAUGAGACGUUUAAGAACAUUAUUAACCUGACUGCUGGUGUCCAGUAUGAAGUAACUGUCACCGCAGUGGCUGGUGAUGGUUAUACUAAAGGACAGAGUGCUACUGUCACCAACUACACAAAGCCUGAAGUAGUCACGAGUCUCUCUGCUGUUAACGUCACAACAUCGUCUAUGUUUGUGAGCUGGACUAAACCAGUGGGAAACAGCUCCUUCUAUAAAGUACAGUGGACAGGAACAAGUUUCUCUGUAAAUGUCAGUGAGACGUUUAAGAACAUUAUUAACCUGACUGCUGGUGUCCAGUAUGAAGUAACUGUCACUGCAGUGGCUGGUGAUGGUUAUACUAAAGGACAGAGUGCUACUGUCACCAACUACACAAAGCCUGAAGUAGUCACGAGUCUCUCUGCUGUUAACGUCACAACAUCGUCUAUUUUUGUGAGCUGGACUAAACCAGUGGGAAACAGCUCCUUCUAUAAAGUACAGUGGACAGGUGGAGGAACAAGUGCCUCUGAAAAUGUCUAUGAGACGUUUAAGAACAUUAUUAACCUGACUGCUGGUGUCCAGUAUGAAGUAACUGUCACCGCAGUGGCUGGUGAUGGUUAUACUAAAGGACAGAGUGCUACUGUCAAGCCUGAAGUAGUCAGGUGACUCAGUGUUACUGCUUUCACAACGUCCUCUGUAUCACUGAACUGGACUAAACCAGUGGGAAACAGCUCCUUCUAUAAAGUACAGUGGACAGGUGGAGGAACAAGUGCCUCUGAAAAUGUCUAUGAGACGUUUAAGAACAUUAUUAACCUGACUGCUGGUGUCCAGUAUGAAGUAACUGUCACUGCAGUGGCUGGUGAUGGUUAUACUAAAGGACAGAGUGCUACUGUCACCAACUACACAAAACCUGAAAAAGUGAAUGAUCUUAAUGUCAGUGAAAUCAGGACAUCCUCUAUAUUUCUGAACUGGACUGACCCACAGGGUCAAAGGUCUUUCUAUAGAGUAGAGUGGACAGAUGGAACAAUAAACAUGAAUAAGACUGUGACUGAAGCAAAAGUAAAUGUCACUGAGCUGACUCCUGGAGUGAACUACACUUUCACUGUCAUAGCAGUGGCUGGAGAUAACAGAACAGAAAGUGACGUAGCAACACUUUCUCAAUACACAAAACCUGAAAAAGUGAAUGAUCUUAAUGUCAGUGAAAUCAGGACAUCCUCUAUAUUUCUGAACUGGACUGACCCACAGGGUCAAAGGUCUUUCUAUAGAGUAGAGUGGACAGAUGGAACAAUAAACAUGAAUAAGACUGUGACUGAGACUAAAGUAAAUGUCACUGAGCUGACUCCUGGAGUGAACUACACUUUCACUGUCAUAGCAGUGGCUGGAGAGCCUGAAGUAGUCACGAGUCUCUCUGCUGUUAACGUCACAACAUCGUCUAUGUUUGUGAGCUGGACUAAACCAGUGGGAAACAGCUCCUUCUAUAAAGUACAGUGGACAGGUGGAGGAACAAGUGCCUCUGAAAAUGUCUAUGAGACGUUUAAGAACAUUAUUAACCUGACUGCUGGUGUCCAGUAUGAAGUAACUGUCACUGCAGUGGCUGGUGAUGGUUAUACUAAAGGACAGAGUGCUACUGUCACCAACUACACAAAGCCUGAAGUAGUCAGGUGACUCAGUGUUACUGCUUUCACAACGUCCUCUGUAUCACUGAACUGGACUAAACCAGUGGGAAACAGCUCCUUCUAUAAAGUACAGUGGACAGGUGGAGGAACAAGUUUCUCUGUAAAUGUCUAUGAGACGUUUAAGAACAUUAUUAACCUGACUGCUGGUGUCCAGUAUGAAGUAACUGUCACCGCAGUGGCUGGUGAUGGUUAUACUAAAGGACAGAGUGCUACUGUCACCAACUACACAAAACCUGAAAAAGUGAAUGAUCUUAAUGUCAGUGAAAUCAGGACAUCCUCUAUAUUUCUGAACUGGACUGACCCACAGGGUCAAAGGUCUUUCUAUAGAGUAGAGUGGACAGAUGGAACAAUAAACAUGAAUAAGACUGUGACUGAGACUAAAGUAAAUGUCACUGAGCUGACUCCUGGAGUGAACUACACUUUCACUGUCAUAGCAGUGGCUGGAGACAACAGAACAGAAAGUGACGUAGCAACACUUUCUCAAUGCACAAAGCCUGAAGUAGUCACGAGUCUCUCUGCUGUUAACGUCACAACAUCGUCUAUGUUUGUGAGCUGGACUAAACCAGUGGGAAACAGCUCCUUCUAUAAAGUACAGUGGACAGGUGGAGGAACAAGUGCCUCUGAAAAUGUCUAUGAGACGUUUAAGAACAUUAUUAACCUGACUGCUGGUGUCCAGUAUGAAGUAACUGUCACUGCAGUGGCUGGUGAUGGUUAUACUAAAGGACAGAGUGCUACUGUCACCAACUACACAAAGCCUGAAGUAGUCAGGUGACUCAGUGUUACUGCUUUCACAACGUCCUCUGUAUCACUGAACUGGACUAAACCAGUGGGAAACAGCUCCUUCUAUAAAGUACAGUGGACAGGUGGAGGAACAAGUUUCUCUGUAAAUGUCUAUGAGACGUUUAAGAACAUUAUUAACCUGACUGCUGGUGUCCAGUAUGAAGUAACUGUCACCGCAGUGGCUGGUGAUGGUUAUACUAAAGGACAGAGUGCUACUGUCACCAACUACACAAAACCUGAAAAAGUGAAUGAUCUUAAUGUCAGUGAAAUCAGGACAUCCUCUAUAUUUCUGAACUGGACUGACCCACAGGGUCAAAGGUCUUUCUAUAGAGUAGAGUGGACAGAUGGAACAAUAAACAUGAAUAAGACUGUGACUGAAGCGAAAGUAAAUGUCACUGAGCUGACUCCUGGAGUGAACUACACUUUCACUGUCAUAGCAGUGGCUGGAGAUAACAGAACAGAAAGUGGCGUAGCAACACUUUCUCAAUGCACAAAGCCUGAAGUAGUCACGAGUCUCUCUGCUGUUAACGUCACAACAUCGUCUAUUUUUGUGAGCUGGACUAAACCAGUGGGAAACAGCUCCUUCUAUAAAGUACAGUGGACAGGUGGAGGAACAAGUUUCUCUGUAAAUGUCUAUGAGACGUUUAAGAACAUUAUUAACCUGACUGCUGGUGUCCAGUAUGAAGUAACUGUCACCGCAGUGGCUGGUGAUGGUUAUACUAAAGGACAGAGUGCUACUGUCACCAACUACACAAAACCUGAAAAAGUGAAUGAUCUUAAUGUCAGUGAAAUCAGGACAUCCUCUAUAUUUCUGAACUGGACUGACCCACAGGGUCAAAGGUCUUUCUAUAGAGUAGAGUGGACAGAUGGAACAAUAAACAUGAAUAAGACUGUGACUGAAGCGAAAGUAAAUGUCACUGAGCUGACUCCUGGAGUGAACUACACUUUCACUGUCAUAGCAGUGGCUGGAGAUAACAGAACAGAAAGUGGCGUAGCAACACUUUCUCAAUGCACAAAGCCUGAAGUAGUCACGAGUCUCUCUGCUGUUAACGUCACAACAUCGUCUAUGUUUGUGAGCUGGACUAAACCAGUGGGAAACAGCUCCUUCUAUAAAGUACAGUGGACAGGUGGAGGAACAAGUGCCUCUGAAAAUGUCUAUGAGACGUUUAAGAACAUUAUUAACCUGACUGCUGGUGUCCAGUAUGAAGUAACUGUCACCGCAGUGGCUGGUGAUGGUUAUACUAAAGGACAGAGUGCUACUGUCACCAACUACACAAAACCUGCUGUGGUCAAGAAUCUUGCUUUGUUCAAUGUCACAACAACAUCUGUGUCUAUAAAUUGGACUAAACCAGAUGGGGGUGUCGACUGGUACAUAAUCCGGUGGAAUGGGACACAACAGGUCUCCAAUCGAACAAAUCAAACUUUCUUUACUAUUCAAGACUUAACCCCUGGCACCCAGUACGACAUUACAGUGGCUGCUGCUGCUGUAAACCAGUCAAAUGCAGGAGAUAACAGCUAUAUAUCUACAUUCACAAGACCUGAAAAGCCUGGGAACAUCAUUAGUGUUACACAAGGAACCAACACCUUAAGCAUCAGCUGGAUUUUGCCUCGAGGAAACAUUAGUUAUUAUCAGGUCAAUAUAUCCAAUGAAAACUUAGUGUUUACAAACUCCAGUCAAACAGUGGCCACAACAAGCAAUUUUACCAAUUUAAAACCCGGGAGACUCUAUAAUAUCACAGUGACUGCUUUUGCUGGAAACUUCUGGAAUACAUCUGACCAGGUGUCAUUUGCCACUGUUCCCAAACCUCCUGGGUCUGUCAUCUUUAGUAGCCGGAGCAACUCCUCACUCCAGCUGCAGUGGGCAACACCUGAUGAAAUGAUCGGAGCUCCAGACAUCAUAUACAGUAUCACCUAUCAGGCUGUGGGUGGUCUCAGUCAAAACACAACUUCCACUCAAAAUAACACUUUGCUUCUUUCACUCCUUGACUCUGGAACCAGCUACACUGUAACAGUAAAAACUAUUGGACCUGGAAAUUUAAGCAGCACGGUUGUUCAGAAUUCUUCUUUUACCUUGCCAAACCCAGUGAGGAAUCUAAUAGUCAGCUCUGAAUCUACUACUUCACUAAAUGUGAACUGGUUAAAUCCACUGGGGGUCAAAUCGUAUUACAGAUACUUACUUGACACUUACAAUGACACAGGAGGACUUAUUUACUCAACAAACAUCACCGAUAACAGCACUUCUGUACCGAAUCUAAACCCAGGAACUAACUACAGUGUCACAGUCAGAACAAAAGCUGCAGACGGAAGUGAAUCUACAGUGGAAAAGGGAUUCAAUUACACAAUGCCCAAACCUGUGGGCAACAUCACAGUGGAGAGUGUGACCACGACCUCCAUCAAGUUAACGUGGUCCAGACAAAAUGAUUACAAGCCUUCCUAUUCCUACCUGGUCAUAGCAAGACAGAGUGGCAGCGAGAUAAAGAAUGAUUCGACAAAGAAUGAGACGUACACCUUCUAUAAUCUGACCCCUGGAGAGCUGUGCACAUUUUCUGUGUUCACAGUUAUAGCAGGGGUCAAAUCCACAGAGGAAAUUGCACAGAGUUACACAAUACCUGAAGCAGUCUCAAACAUUACAGCCGUAGGAACCACAACUAGCCUUUCAGUGAGCUGGACACUGGUGACAGGGAAGGUCUUCAGUUACAGUGUUGUGCUAAAUAGUACUGGACAGUUAGUGAACAGCACGGUAAACAAUCAAACUACAAACACAGUCUUUGGGGGCUUGACACCAGGAGUAAUUUACUGUGUCCAGUUGAUCACCAAAAGUGGACCUUAUCAGAAUAACAGUUCACCUAUUUGCAACGCAACUUUUCCCAACCCUCCUGGUCCCAUCACAGUGCAAUCUCAGACGGUUAAUUCCAUCAACUUCACCUGGGCCCUUCCACAGAACAUGAGCCAAAAGCAAUACAACUUUAGUGUCACCACCACUAACAACACCUUUGUGACCAAAGACAACUGGUUCCUGCUGGGAAACCUCACAUCUGGAAGCCCCUACACCAUCUCUGUUGUUACUGUGGGUGUGAUGGGAUAUAACAGUGUAUCAGUGACAACAGUAAACUAUACCAGACCAUUUCCUGUAUCAGAUCUGACUCAGAUAGAAAUAACUACAAAUGCAGUGACCUUGGUGUGGACACAGCAGGAGAGCAAAUUAAGCUACUCUUAUCGGGUGCAGGUCACCAACGAGUCCAAUGUUAUUGUAAACAAAUUAAAUGUGAACAUAACAAAUGCAACAAUCAUAAAUCUUCGUUCUGGGAGCAACUUCAACUUCACUGUCACUACACUGACAGCAGAUGGCACUCAGGCAGAUCCUGUGACAGUGUCUUACUUCACACGGCCAUAUGGUAUUACUGAGUUGAAGGCUGAAACCAUAAACACAACUGCUAUAAAUCUGAAUUGGAUGAAGCCAGCUGAGUACAGGAAUGACUAUAAAUAUCGAGUUGCUACAUCAGGCUGUGCCUACAAAAAUGACACCCUGGGACAAGAAACCAUACAGAUCUCAGGCCUCAACCCUGGGACCAACUGUACCUUCUGUGUUUCUGUCAUGGCAGCAAAUGGCAUUGAAGGACAAACAGUCUGCACCUCUCAGUACACGAAGCCCGAGACAGUACAGCCCACUAUCUCAGGUCAUUCGAAUAGUUCCAUCACGGUGACAUGGACGAAACCUAAAGGAAAUGUGGAGAGUUACAGUUUGCAGCUAAUACGUAAUAAUACAACUAUUCAAUCCCUGAACAAUUUGACUACAUCGUACCAGUUUCAAAACCUGUCAGCUGGACGGGCGUACAGCGUCAUUUUAACCACAAUAAGUGGACCCUUCAAUGCAUCAUCUGAACUCGUUACUAACGCCACUCUCCCUAACCCUCCUGGGUCGAUUCAGAUCCUGAGUAAAACAACAAGUUCCAUUGAAACUCAAUGGACAGAGGCGCCUCUGAUGACUGGUGCUAAUUUCUACUACCUGCUGACUUACACGUCAUCCCAGCAAUCCAACAAUACCAAUACCACAAACACCAGAAUGAACUUGUCUUCCCUGUCUUCUGGGACUUCCUACAACAUUUCUGUGACAACUGUGGGAGAAUUAGAAUUCCAGAGUGAGACGGUUUACGUCUACAUGGUCACAACAAGACCACUGGCAGUGCAGGAGCUCAUGGCCACUCCAGGAGAGACAUACAUCACAGUCAAUUGGAGCAAUCCACCUGAAUACAAGAAAAGCUAUAAAUACUUUUUGUCCUGGAAUCAAAAUAAUUCCCAAAUGCAGAACCUCACAGUUACACAAACUGUGUAUAAUAUCACUAACCUGGAUCCUGGUCAGUGCUACAGCAUUAACGUCACCACAGAGACCUCUGAUGAAACACAGGGUGCACCAGUAAUGAUCACCAGAUGCACAAAUGCAAGCCCAGUGACAAUCUUAGGCUGUCAAGGUCCAAACGACAAUACUGCACAAAUCAUCUUGUCAUGUACCACACCCCGUGGCCAACACACUGGCUUCCAGAUGAUUGUAAAUGGAAACAACAUCACUAGCAACUCUUGCAAUUAUACUAUUUCUGGCCUUAACCACUAUACUAAAUAUAAUGUGACUGUGAUAACUCUAAGCUAUGGAAAUCCCAGCAUUCCUGUGUAUCACGAGUGCUCGACAGGCAUAGCUAUCACUACUAUUGCUGUUGCUGUAGCAGUAGCAGUUUUUCUCAUUCUCUUCAGUGUCCUCAUCGCCUUUAUUAUCUACUGGAAAAGGCUAGCCAAAAAAGAAUCACCAGACAUCCAGAUUCAGUCUUUAAGAGCCAAAGUAAGUGUGGCUGUGAGUGUGGAGGACUUUGAGGCUUAUUACAAGAAGCAGAGAGCAGACUCCAACUGUGGCUUUGCAGAAGAAUUUGAGGACCUGAAGGUUGUUGGCACAGCUCAGUCAAAGUUACAUGCACUGAAUGUGGAGAACAAGCCUAAGAAUCGCUACAACAAUGUGCUUCCAUAUGACUCUUCUAGGGUGAAACUUUCAAUUCUCCAUGGAAGUCCAUCUGAUGAUUACAUCAAUGCUAACUACAUGCCGGGUUACAACUCGAGGAAGGAGUUUAUUGCAGCUCAAGGUCCUUUACCCACCACAGUCAACGAUUUCUGGAGGAUGAUCUGGGAGAAGAAUGUGCAGACUCUGGUCAUGCUGACACGCUGUAAUGAACAGGGACGAGUAAAAUGUGAGCAGUAUUGGAGUUCUGGUACCAAGCGGUGCGACAACAUCAUUGUAACAGCAACCUCUGAAAUAACACUUGAAGACUGGACCAUCAGGGACUUUGACAUUAAAAAUGUGAAAACAGCAGAAACCCGAGCAGUUCGUCACUUCCACUUCACAGCUUGGCCAGAUCACGGGGUACCAGAAACCACAGAGCUCCUCAUCAGCUUCAGACAUUUAGUCAGAGAGCACAUGAACCAGUACUCAAGACACUCGCCCACGGUGGUCCACUGCAGUGCUGGUGUGGGGCGCACAGGUACCUUCAUAGCCAUUGACAGACUGAUUUUCCAGAUUGAAAGAGAAAAUACAGUGGAUGUGUACGGCAUUGUUCAUGAUCUGCGCAUGCACCGACCACUUAUGGUGCAGACAGAGGACCAGUAUGUGUUCUUAAACCAGUGUGCUUUGGACAUCAUCCGGUCGAGAACGGGGACCAAUGUGGAUCUAAUCUACCAAAACACCGCGGCACUCUCAAUCUAUGAAAAUAUAGGCCCAAAAAAGGGGUCUCCCAAAAACGGAUACCACAACGCAUAGGCCCAGAAGUCCAUCAGUUCUUCCAUCUCUCUCUUCACUUUCAGAAAGACACUGAGCAGAUAUCUGUGAAGGAGAGGCUGUGAGCACAUUUUCCUGGAUUUAUUUUUAUACCUUUUAGGCUUUUGAUAACAGUCAUCUAGCUUCCUGGAUUCAAAGUCAGAUUAUUUGAUAUUUAUUUGUUAAGAUUUAUGAAUGUUGACAGUGGACGAAACUGUACGUAGAGCUGCAAUAAUGGAUUAUGUGUCUUGGACACUUUGCUAUAAUUGCAUAUUUUUGUAUUGCUCAGAUGUUUUAUAAAUACUUCUUAAUACUGUAUAUGACUCACUGAUGAUUAGAUCUUUUUGCUCAGGUAGUGUGAUGGAUGCUGUACAGGUAUUUUUGAUCAGGAAAAACUUAUAAUAACCUUUGCCUUGUAUAAAACAAAUGCUGUUAUGAAGACUGUGUGCCUUUUAAAGACCUGUUUCACCAGUUCACCAAUAGGUGGCACUCUUAUGUCUUCAAAUGGAAAAGACAGACAUCUUAAAUUCAGCCAUCUGUUUGUGCAUAUUUUAAGCCAAUAUGAACUCUGCAAUGUGUUUAAAUGAAGGAGCCUUUUGCACAUGUAUGCACUGUAUUGUGAAUAAUGCACUGGAUGCAUUUGUCUUCUACACUGUCUACUAUGGAGAUGUUUUUAUCAGUAGCAUUAAUAUUUUGGCCAGUGCUUUGAAGACUGUUAGGAUUAUUUCUUUAUACAUACAAUAAUUUUAUUACAGUUUUACUUUUGCAAUUUUACUUGCCUCAAUAAAAAGCUCAGGAACUCAAUUAAACUGAACAUGUUCCUAGCAUCUAUGGUGUUUGUACUUUGACGAACUUAGUCCAUUGUUUUUUCCUUAUUUUCUACAUUGUGCAUUCCUCACAGAAACUGUAAUGUUAUGUCACUUCCUGCUACAUAUCUGAUCCUUGUAUGGAAAUCCUGUGAUGUUAAAAUGGCCAGAGAAGUGCAGACUUUCAAAGGGCAGGAUUUUCCAGGAGGCAGAUACUUUACUUUUUUAAAGAUAAUUCAAUAAAAGAGUACGCCUGUAGAUAUUUUUUUAAAACAUGUUUUUAAAACUUGUAUUUUUAUUUUAUCAUAUUGUAUUUAAAGCUAUUUUAAGCAUUUGGGUUUUAAAUGAAAAAUAUGUAUAAUAAUUACUAAGGUUUUAGGAUGUUUUAUAUGAUGCUUGAUGGUACAAUGUGAAAAUAUAUAUAGAAAAAGGUAAGGAUUCAAAAUUUGUAUACAUUUUAACCUGUCAUAUGAAAUGGGAUUAAAAAUUCUGCAACAUAGGGGUGUAAUACUCCUCUUAUUGUUUAAAUCCCUCAGCUUCAAUAUGAUUAAAGAUCCAUAUGCUUGCUUUAAUGUUACCUCUGGACAAUUGUGAGUUUGGAUCUAUUUACAAAGCUCAUCACUCAGAAAAUAAACA